AGUCGUCGAGUGCGUUUGGUUCGCUGGCUCGUCGGCAGUCCAGCUAAAGGAAAAAGAAAAUCCAAGCCACUAAAAGAUAUUUAAGCAAAAAAGAAAACAGCAAAACAAACUGAGAAAGAGAAAGAAGCUGCUGAGAAAGCAUUUGAAGGAAAAUACGUAAAGAAAUAGCAACAGUUAGGGGCAAACACUUUUCCUCGUCGUCGCUCUGCGAAUACGUAAUCAUUGGGAAAAUAUCAGCAAUUUUGCAACAGUUUCGACACAACAACAACAACAGCGGCAACACCAGCGACUGCAGCAAAAAACAAAAAAAACAAAAGUAAUUGAGCAGAAAGAGGACAGAGACCCCAGAGAUCCGACAAGAUGGUGUCGCGUCGAAAAAUUCUAUCACGUUCACGCGACGAUCUUAAUCUUGACCAGACGUUUACCCAGCAGGAGGAGGAGGAGGAUAUCUGGUACCAGAAGGAUAAGCUAUACAAGGAACACAUUCAGGAAGUGCUGGACAAAUGGACCCAAAUCGACGACGAGAUCUGGGCCAAAGUGAUCGUCUUCGAGCGGAAUCGCCGCGUGGCCAAGGCGUACGCACGCGCCCCGGUGCUGACCAUUAAUGGGUCCGACGAUGGCUUCGACGGCAUGCGAAUCGGGCUGUGCGGCUUCGACAAUCCGAUGAGGGAUCAGAAGACCGACGAGAUGAAGCGCGUCAUCGGACAGGGUGUUAAAAUCAAAAUGGACGAUGCUGGCAACAUACUCAUCCGGCGGUACGCCAAAAGCAAUGUCUAUGUGAAGAGCACCGCCAGCAGUCCCAACGAGGAGACCUCCAUCGGUGCCGAGAUCUUAAAGCUGCCCAAUCAGGCGCUCGAAUCCGAAAAAAUAGUCAAGCUCUUCGACAUGAAGAAGUUCCAGUCGAAUGUGAAUCGCGAAUUGCGACGCGCCUAUCCGGAUCGCCGGCGUUUGGAGACGCAGUGCCUCUCCUCGGUGGCGUUUGUCAAGUCAGAGAACGACAUCUUGGAGUGCCCCAUCUGGGUGCUCAUCGUCAAUGUGGUGGCCAUGGAUAUGCUGAAAAGCAAGCUGCCGCCAGUGCAACGUCCCAUUGUGGACAUCAAGAACCGCCCGCGCAUUCCGAUUCCCGACGAGGAUCCCUACAGUGUGGCGGGCAACGGCAGUGGAGGCAGCUCCGGCAGCUCUGGCUUCGGCAGUGGCCACCAGGCGCAGCUGCAUCCACAGCAGCAGCAACAGCUGGGCAAGCACCUCAAUGGCAAUGGAGGAGGACAUGUGGCCGCCACCCGGGAACAGCUGCUGCUCCAGACGCAACAACUGGCCCACAAGCGCAGCGAGAAACCUCCGAAGCUACCGCCCAGGGAUAAUAUCUAUUCGCACGAUCUGAUUCCAAAGCCGGACUACGAUGACAUUGAUCUGGAGACUCGCAUCAAACUGUCGCGUGGAAAAUCGGACAAGGGCAAAGAUAACAAGAAAUAUGACGAUCCCUACUACUGCGGCCUGCGUGCCAGAGUCCCGAACUUUGUGAAGUCCGGCAAGCCGAACUCCGGAGCCAAGGAUCAGCGGGACGGCAAUGCGAACAACAUCGGGAACAUGGGCAACGGCGGCAUCAGCACGCUCAGCCAGAAGAAGACCUCGAUGAUCCACAACCACCUGGGCGGCAUGCAUCCGCACCACAUCCAGCAGCAGCAGCAGCAGCUGAUGGCCGCGGCGGCGGCUGCGCAUGCGGCACAGCACCACCAUGCGGCCCACCAGCGGGAGCAGCAGCAGCACCACCAGAUUUGGCAGACUCGCAGCUAUGAGAGCGGCAUAGGUAUUUAUAAACAGGGCGGGCAACCACACAAAUCGCACGCACUGCAGAUGCAAAUGCAUCAGCAACUGCAGUUGCAACAUCAUCAACAACAACAACCACAGUCACUGCCAACGGACCUAACAGCCACCACUGCAACAGCAAACAACAAGACACAAAGCACAGCUAACCCAGCACGUAGCCACCACCAGCCACAUCCGCAUCUCCAUGCGCACGCACAUCCGCACCACAGACACCACCGGCACGGCCACCACUGCGAGCGGCACGCCCACUUGCAGCAGCAACAUUCUGCACCGCUGCAGCACUCUGCACCCCAGCAACAUGUGUUGCAGCAACCGUACUACGACAAUCUGGAGAGCUCGGUGGGUCACCCGGUGAGCCGUCGGCCCUCCACCCGUCGUUCUGCCCCGGAGGAGAGCUCCUCCUGCAAUUGCGUCAGCUGUUAUGCGCUGGCUCCCCUCUGCGGAGCAGUGCCUCCGCCACGUCCGCAACGGAGCCUGAGCCAGCGGCAGUUGAGACGCCACCAGCGGCUGAGUGGCAGCCAGAUGGAGCCGGAACUCCUGCCGGGAGUGGUCAAGUGGUGCAGCGAGAGCGAUGUCUCGGUGCUGGAGCCGGAGCUGGAGCCUUUGGUGAACGAACGUUACGACGACUGCUACGAGUACGAUGACUUCGACAUGGCAUUCGACCUGGACGAUGACCUGGGCCUGACCGAGAACAUACGUAGACGCAAGGGCACCGAGACGGUGGACAUGUACGUGGAUCGCGCCCAUCUCCGCCAGCUGCAGACGCCGGCUGUCGGGCUGCGCACCAAGUCCCAAUCCACCGAGAGCUUCUUCGAGCAGCCCAACGAGGAGGGCUCGCUGUACAUGUACGGAGGCAGGAAGCGGAUUGUGGUGAAGGCGCCGUCGGCGGCCAACAUCUAUGACCGGGUGCGCGGCUCCAUUGGUUCCACGGAGAGGGGACGCAGUGCAGCGGCAGGACCAAAAAGGGGCCAGUGCCAGAGGAAGCCCCAGCUGCCAGCGCCCAGUUGGCGAGGCGGCAAGCGACAGGAGCAGGCUCAAAACGCUGACAAAAGACAAAGAUAUGACAAUGCCUCCAAUACCAAUAGCAACAGCAACAACAGCAACGGCAACAACAGCAGCAGCAACAUGCAACACAAAAGACAGCUAACGAACGCCAAGCAAGACAAUGACGACAUGUUGAAAAGCAAAAAUUAUUUCAAUAGUAAAAACAAAAGUAUAGCAGCAGCAACCGCAACAGCAGCAGCAGCGAAAGCGACAGCAACAUCAGCCAACACAGCAGCAACAUCUGGAGGGGGAGCAGGAGCAGCAGCUGGAACUGGAGCGGGAGCAACAGGAGUUGCUGGCGGGGGAAAGCCGCGAGGAGCUGGCGGACCAACAAUGUCUCCAACUUUGGCCGCCAGUCCAGCAACAAACAAUGCAUCGGCGGCCAGUGGGUUGCCUGCUGCUCCUCCUCCGACGGCCUCCAGAACCGGACGCAGUGCCAGCCGCCUUGACAUCAGCGACAUGGAGUCCAUUUAUGGCUACCUGAAGCCCCGCAAGCCGCGCAGCCUCAGCCUGAAGAAAAUCCAAAUACUCGACUACUGAACGGACACGUGAAUUCGUAUGGGGUUGCUCUAAAUCGAAACGAGGUUAUAUGGCCCAGACAUGGAUAUUAGUUAUUGUUUUUGUUCGCCUUUCCCCCUGGGUCGGAUGAUGGGUGGCUGUACAUACCUACCUACUAUUCCUACAAACGCAAAAUGGUUACCUUAUUACCCGGUGAACUGAACCACUAAACUGUACGAAAUGUCUACUAACUCAGCACCUUGGACUCCUUUAGCCUGGACAGUCACAAAACGCAAUUAUUCGGAGCUUGUUGAAUCACCCUACAAUCACAUCUACGGACGCCAUUUACCGCUGCCAACGCGCGGCUACGUGCCCACACCACGCAUGU